AAAUUACUUUACACGAUGAAUAAUGCGCUGCAGUUCUCUUUACGUUGGAAUAAUUACGUUACACACGUGACGGAAGCGUUCAAUGUGCUUCGUUUUGAGGACGACCUGGUUGAUGUCACUUUGUGUUGUGAUGGUGGCAAAAUUAAGGCACACAAAAUGUUACUGUCGGCGUGCAGUAACUAUUUCAGACAGAUAUUUAAAGAAAACCCUUGCCAGCACCCAGUGAUUAUAUUCAGGAAUUUCAAAUAUGAGGAUUUGAAUGCGAUAAUCAACUUUAUGUAUCAUGGUGAGGUGAACAUUUUUCAAGAGCAGCUGGAGUCCUUUUUGAUAACUGCUGAGUUUCUGGAAGUGAAGGGAUUGACUGAUAACAUUGAAGAUGAGGUUACUAAGAGUCAGUUGAGGGUUAGUGAUAGUACGUCCUUAGAUUUAAGUUCAAAGAGUAAAGUAGUUGAUGAUGUUGUGCCUGUAUUGUCUGACGAGCCUAUAAAUUUGGCGACUAUCCAACCUGUUAAAGAAGAGUACAUUCCACAACCGAAUACUAGCAGUGCACCUGAUAAGGAGAAUGGGAGCCCACGGCCAGAAGAGGCUAAAACAGAUGAUAGUACAAGCAGUAAACAAAAGCCAAUUACGAACACUAGUGAAGAGAUGCAAGUUGAUCAGCAGUCCACAUCAGUGGAGGAUUUAUCAGAGAAAAAUAGCUCAGAAUCAGAACUCGCUAAGUUUCGCUGUCAACUAUGUCCUAAAGGAUUCAAGCAUCCAACAUCAUUGACAUUACAUAAAGAUUCGCAUGCAGGGAAAACACAAUGUCCAGUGUGUCACAGAUCAUUUUCACGUUCAUAUGAUAUGAGGAGCCAUCUCCAAAGGAUCCAUCAAGGAAAACAACUGACAAUCAAGGAAAUCCGAUACAAACAUAGCAGUGAAUCAGUUCCACCUAAGCAAUUUACACAUCAUAUUUAGCUUUAGCACUAUGGUAACUAAAGUUACCAUUCAAGUAUGCACUUAGUGCAAAUAGGUACCUAUUUAUAAAAUUGUUGUAAAAGCUAUUGAUUUUACAUAAAAUUAUGUAUUGAAAUUAUGAAUGUUGUAUAAUGUAUUAAUUCAAUCAAAUUAUUUUUAUUUAUGAAAUCUACUUUGUAAGUCACAAACACAAACUUGCUCAUUUG